AUGUUAAUGGCUUUUGAAAGUUUUCGAAAAUAUCCAUUGUAAGCCGGGCGACCGAAUCGCAAUUUUGUUUGCAUAUUCAAAUGAUUUGGAUCGAAAUGUUGUGAAAAAUGUCUGGAAUACUGCAGAUUUUGGAUUUUAUUCCCAUUUUUUAGUUUUUGCAAAUGUGAGAUUUGAUGUUCGUCAGGAAGAAGAAAUACUGUUUCACUAUAGUUAUUUAAAUGCAACGUCAUCAGUCUUCUCAAAACUACCCGAUUCUUCACUUGGAUUCGGCAACAAUGCAACAGGAAGUGACUCGUUGAAAACUAUUGAUAAAUUCUACUCAAAUAAUCAAGUUCCCGUUUGCGGAUCAAUUGUUCUGAUUCUAUCAAAACGUUACCCAAACGAGUUAAAAAUUUUAGAAGUAUCGAGGAAAGUUCAAGAACAUCAUGGAAUAGUUCAUGUGAUUUCAAGUGUAUUUCCAUCUGGUGGUACUCAAUCAAAAGCACUAUACAAAUUAACAUCCCGAACAAACGGAAUAUGUGCUUUUCAGGAAGAUUCGCAAUUUUCAGAAAUUGUUGGCUCCUUACCAAUAUCUGGUACUCCAUAUCCAAUCUACUCAGUAAAUCCACGCGUUUCUGGUCUCGGGUCACUCGUUUUGCCUUCAUUAUCUGUACCUUUCAGUGGAAGAUUUUAUUUUGUAGUAACUGUUCAAGAUCACGGACCCAUUGACACAUUCAGAUCUAUCAAUCUUUCAUGGUACAACGCAAAAUCUAGAUCUUCAAAUCAUUUUCUGAUUUCAAAUGGACAGAAAUACGAAAUCAACCGAGAAGAGUGGUUUGAUCUUGAUCCAGUCAUCUAUAACAUGACCCUGAAUUACUCAUAUUUAACAUUUCAAGACAUUCAAAUAAGAGUCUACAGUUCGAGACCACCAGAGGAUUGGCUGCCAUGUUGUGAUUCAACAAAUUAAAG